AUGGCUCGACCUCGUCAACACGCUCGUACACCUGAGACACCAACCAACGAGCAGCUGGCUCAGAACUUGCAACAUCUCACGCAGACCAUGCAAACCUUGAAUAAAGCUCUUCUGCACAACAACCAUCCUGCCCCGCCGCCACAGCCUGCCGGACACCGGGAGGUGGGACGUCUAGUCUCGGGCCAUAGACCCACUACGUUCGCUGGAGAGGAGGACUCGGUCAUACUCGAGGAAUGGAUCCAAACCUUCGAAAAGAUCUUCUCCGUCUUAGGGUGCCCUGAAGAGCGCAGAGUGGAGUUAGCAUCUUUCUACUUCAGUCAUGAAGCUGAUCUUUGGUGGGUGCACGAGGGACCCGCAUGCCAAGAGGAGCCCGACUUCGACUGGACAGCUUUAAAGGACCGGAUGAGAGAGCAGUUUUAUCCGUCACAUGUCCGAGCUGCUAUGUACGAGGAGUUUCUACACCUCCAGCAGGGUUCAUCAUCUGUGGUGGAGUACCACAAGCGAUUCUUGGAGCUCGCUCGUUUCGCUAGGAUGCUAGUCCCCACCGAGCUUGCGAAGGUGGAGAAGUUCGUGACUGGACUCAACUAUGAGGCUCAAAAGGUGUUGACCGUGAGCAAGCCAAGGACCUUGAAGGAGGCUUAUCUGAGUGCUGCUAACUUAUACCGGGUACAACAGUUGCAGCGAGGGUUGUAUGAACUCGCUAAGAAGAGGAACGAAAGCGGUGGACCCCACAACUUCAAGAAGCCGAGACAGGACUUCCGAGCCAGAACCGCACCUUCCCCACCUCAAGGAUCAACCCGAGUAGAGUCUGGAGAACAAGCUAAGACCUUUGCAUGUAGAAGAUUUGGAAAGGAACAUGUGGGAAAAGAUUGCCAAGGACAAGCACUUCGAUGUUUCAAGUGCGGGGAAAGAGGUCACAAGGCUUUCACAUGCCCUAUACAAGCUAAUCAAAGAGCCUUGCCACCUAGCUCGGGAUCCGGUGGAACUUCGAGAGGGAGUUCAAGCCGAGGUGCAGCUGAAGCUAGACCUUCGGGUCGAGUGUUUGUGAUGGGUCGGUCCCAAGCUGAGUCGGAGGGGUUGGUUGAAGAAGAGAUGGCAGGUAACCCUUUUAUAAGUCUAUCUUUAUCUUGA